AUGGCAGAUCUUCUAACAGGGCCUAUUAGAGAGGGAAACCGGGGUGGACACGGCCUUUUCCGCUGGGAAAACGUUAAAGAAGACAAAUACCGUGAAAAUUACUUAGGCCAUUCACUCCGUGCACCAGUUGGACGCUGGCAAAAAGGCCGUGAUCUUACAUGGUAUGCAAAAGGCAAAAAAGAGGCUGAAACAAUAUCCCGUGAUGCACGUGCAGAGGAAAUACGGAAGAUCAAAGAAGCAGAAAAAGAUGCACUUGCUGAAGCUUUAGGCUUUGAAGUGGAAAAAAAAAACACUUCAAGUGCAACUGCCCAGGAAAUUGCAACUGCCAUACACCGUACAGACAAAGAAGCAGAAGUAAGUGCUAUUGACACUGCAAUGAGCCAGGCAAAUCCUGCUGAAGGCCUUGGAUUUCGAACAAAAGCAGCCCGGCACCAUUCUCCACAGUCAAUGGAAAGAAGCACUUUAAACAAAGAAAAAUACGGGAAAGGAUUCGAUACAUAUUCGUAUGAAAGUAUCCAGGGCCAAAACCAGCGAGACUCGCGGAGAAGCAAACGGGAUAGAACACCCCAUAGCCGCCAUUAUAGACGUCGUGAGCGUAGUCGGGAGAGGAGUCCAGGUUAUCAUGGGCAUGAAUUAAGACGAGGUAUUUGUGAUGGGAAUUCUCGUUUCGGUGCAAAAAUAUGCACCAGGAAUGAUCUUUAUGAUAUGAUCGCUUGGGAAGUCAAGAAAAGGGAUUUUCUAGUGAAAAUUAGAUAA